GUCACAGUGUGGUUGGCAUAUGCGAUCGGUUUGGUGAAGUGUGAAAUGUCAUAUUUUUUUGGUGGGAAAUCGAAUCUGCCAUUAUAUUUUCAAUUCCAAUUAAUUUACAUUGUUAAAACUAUCGAAACCAAAAUUGCUACAUGUUAAAAAGUAUUGCAAAGCAGCAAAAAAGGGGAAAAAAAAGAAAUUUUCCAAUCAUCAUUGCGUUUAUCAUCGCAUAGAGCCAAGCGGCCAGAGUGAGAGAGCGAAAUUUCAUUUCAUCGGUCGAGUACACGUUUUCCCGAUCAGGCGAUCAAUUUUUAUCAGUUGCUUUCUCCCUUCCUGUUCGCAUAUGUUUGCGAAGCAAAGAAAAAAGACGGAGUCGACACGAAGAGCCACUUGAAAAAAAAAUAGCGUUGCUGAGACUGUCCAAUUACCGCAUACAAUCUAGAAUUCAAGCUUUUUAAUCUAGCGCAUUGCAUGAAUUGAACUGGUGCUCACGGAGAGUAGGGGCAAAACUGACCAAAAAAAGAGAUUUGCGUGAAACUGGUUGAGAUACAAUAAUUAGCAGCAAUCAAAGCAAAACUAUCAACCGUUAUCAAAGCAAAACCGUGGAACAGAUGUGCGGCAAUCGAAUUAUAUGUAAUGUGAGCAGCGGCAGCAGCAACAACAAAAAAAUAACAAAUCCCUACUCGCUACUUGUGACACAUUCUUCUUGCGUGUGUGAUUAUAUAUGAAGCACGAUACGCGGCUGAACAGUAACGGCACGAAAAAAGAGAAAAAGAAGAAGAAGGCGUAGAAAAAAAAUCACAAAUCAUUGCAAACCGAAUGUGAAAUUGUUGUGUUUCAAUUUGAAUUUAGUCGGUGAAACGAAUGAGUCUGACAAUGAUCGUAUUUUUCAUGCGCUGAGAGCUAUCGUCCACUGUUCCCGUACCCGAAUUUUUUUUUCUGACAACCAUCAUAACGACGGUUAACACACGAAUUGAAAAAAAAACGAACAAUAAAACGUGCGACCGCCAAACGCGCUAAAAAAAAGUUUCAGUGAAAAUAAAUCAGUUGAACAUUGUAUGCUUACACGCUUUAGUUUUUUCUCUUCAAAUUCUGAACUCAAUUCAUGAAGUGAAUGUGCGUUAUUUUUAGUCACUUUGUUUGAAAUUUGUAUCGAGUUGUGAACAACGACCGCCGACCAUCAAAGUAACGCACGUGAUAAACGAAUGAGAGGGAAAAAAACCGAAGAAAAUGAUAUGAAAGUGUGAACAGAGUGAGAGAAAAGUAAAACCGAUUGAAUAACAUUUUUGUUUUCUUCGACGGAAAAUUGAAUGAUUUAAUGCACUCAAAUCGGCGGCGAUAAGAUUGAAUUCAACGAUAAGGUUUCACCGACUGCAGAAAAACGCGAAGUGACUCGCUCUCAUUCAUUAGAAGUUCGUGUGGCAACGGAAAAAGUUCGCGUCAAUAGAGCAAGACUAUCAUCGCACAUAGAACGCCAUACUGUGUCAAACCCCGAAGCAAACGAUCGACCAUUUGCUCAAUCAACGAAAAGAAGGCUUGUUUUCAAUUGAAUCAGCUGAUUCGUACGGUUUAAUUUUGGUCGUCUACCGUUGGAAUUUCAUGAAAAUAUUGAAUAGUGGAUAAAAAUACCCGUGCAUCUAAUGAAAUAAACAUACACACGCACACACACGCUUUACAUUGUAUGCAUUAUUAUUUUCGUGUUUGUGCGCGCAGUGCAGUGUUUUUGUUUUGCUUUCGAGUUGCAGCCGCGUGCCGAGAAAGAGAUUUUGUAAACACUUCCUAUUUACUAAGAAGCAAGUUUAUGGUUUGAUAUUUUAUAUUUUUCAUAUUGUUUGUCAUACAAACAGAGAGAGACAGAGAGGCACAUACACUCACAUAUCGUACUCAGGCCGAUGCCGCCGUGUGAUGUUUAUUUGUCGCUGCAUAAAUCAGUUUGAUGCGAAAGAUUUAACAUAAAACACAGUGGUGUACCUGCUGCCCUGAUUAGUGAACGGCAAUCGUACGAUAAAUUUAACAGCUCAAUUAGAUCGAGUAUCGAGUGCAUCAGGAGUUUAGAAUCAUACACACGCGCCGAAUUGAUUCUGAGCAAUAAUUUUAGUGUUUUUGAAAAAGAAGUAGAAAAACAGUCGUAAUAGACAAGAAAAACAAACGGGCAAAGCAAGGAGGCAAUAUAUACCGAACGACGAAUGAAAUAAAGAAAUAAUUGACGCAAUGAAUAUGUAAAACAUGACUGACGAGCACAACUGAAUUAUACUGAACUUGGAUCCAUCCGCGUAUCGCUUUGCGCGACAAACUGUGAGAACUUACAGCAAUAAUUUGCAAGAAAACUGUAAUUCAACAAUUAGUCUAUUAAAAGUCGCAAUUGCAAACUGAAUUGAUCGAAGGAGAGAAAAAUAAUACCGAUAUAUUAGUUUGAAAUUUGUAUGGAAUAGAAAAAUAAUAGCAAGAGUCACAACGUCAGUGUUUGAUUACGAGAUUUGUUUAUAUUGUCAUCGAGAAAGAGAAAACCGACGAAGUUUACCCAAGAAAGAAAGAAAAAAACAACAACAAACAGUGAAGAAGAAAAGACCUUGACCAAUCAUUACAUAAAAUUGUGAGUGAAAAAAAGUGAAAAACACGGUCACAUACAGUUGAAGGUGGCGAUUUCUCUCUUUGACACUCUGCUUCACUUUUUAUUAUCAUCAUUAUUUAUUUAUUCAUCUCUCAACGACACACCGCAACGAAAAACGACGUUCCAUCGAUUGUCUGCAGCGUGGUAUCUAUUGUAUAUGCCAACGAUUUCCAAAUAAAUUUGUGUAAAUAUUUUAUGAAAUAGCGCCGCAUCACGUAAUAGUUCGUUGUGCAUGCAGCGUCGACCCAUUAAUAAAAUAGACCAUAAUAAGAAGUGAGCAUAUUUGAAAGAAAAACGCGUGAAGCCUAUAGAGGAAACAACAUUUAAAAAAAAAAACGCCCAAAAAGAAGAAGAAAAAAACGACGAAGAAGCAGCCGAAAAAAAAACCGAAAGUAUGGAUUCAAUCACAACAACCAAUACCAUUUCACUGAACUGCGACAUUGAAAUAUCAAACAAAGUGUUGAGCCUCCAUGCGAAGCAUUUCACGCGACAUCACGAAAAUCCGCCGCACCACAACAAAUAUGAACUCAUAUCGAAAAGUUGUCAAGAUCGAAUCAGUUCCUUAGUUAACAUUGCCAUAGACCUAAUAUCCUAUUUAAUAAAUUUAUGUGCAUCAUUUGGCUGGCAAACGAAGCACACGAUCUACUGUGUGAAGUUCAUACGGUUGAACCAGCGUGCUGUGGUGGAGCAUUUUAAAAGCAUUCGACUGAUCGAACACAUUAAAUCAAUUGGCUACAAUGUGGUGAAAAAUGCCCAAUUCAAACUAUAUCCAAUCGUCCAAAUGAUAAGGCGGAAGAGCUAUUUCGACGACAAUGACUGUAACAAUGAUUGUAACAAUGUCUGUAAAAAUGCAAUUACGUACGAAAGCACCAACGAAACCAAUAACAAUAGCAACAGUGGCAACAUUAAAACCACACAAAACGAUGACGCGGACGAGAUAGAUAAUGUUUCGUUGGAAAUUUUGUGGGAACCAAAAUGUGGCACUCGUAUCACAGCUGAUGUUGUUUUCAUUCAUGGUUUACAUGGAUCGAGUGACAGUACUUGGAAACAGGGCGAAUGGGUGCAUAAACCGCAAACCGCUAACGAUAAUCGCAUCGAAAUCAUACAUCAUGAACAUAAUGCGGAACGUUCGAAUCAGCAUCUGGAUACUCAUCAUCAUUUACACACCGACCCCAAAGACGACAACGAUGACCAUUUGAAUGCGUUCAAUUCAAAUCCGACUUUGGAAUCGUUGUCACAAUGUUGGCCUAGAGACUUUCUGCCUCAGGACUUUCCGACGGCUCGCAUCUGUGCGAUCAACUACGACACAGAUCCCCAUCUAUGGCGUCCUAUAUGGUAUAAAUCACAAAAGCGUUCGAGCUUAGCCAUUCGAGCGAUGAAAAUGAUUCGCAUACUAGUCGAACACAAUAUUGGCGUUAAUCGGCCAAUUAUCUGGGUGGGCCACAGCAAAGGAGGUUUGUAUAUCAAGCAAAUUAUCGUCAAUGCACACGAAUGCAACGCAUACUGGCUAUGGAAAUCGUCACGUGCUGUCCUUUUCUAUUCCGUUCCUCAUCGUGGGUCACCUUUAGCCGAACUCAACUUACCACUCCUAACACGUUCCAUCGAAAUGAUUGAAAUUCAAAAAAAUUUUUCCACAAUAAUAGAUUUGCAUCGACGUUUCGUAGCAUUGUGCCGCCGUGGAAUUCUAAAUAUGGAUGUGUUUAGCUUUAUUGAAAUGAAAUUCACCGAAUUAUCUGUGUUCUAUUUGCGAAUCGUUGGCGUCGAUUCCGGAGAUCCCGGCAUUGGUGGCGUCUGCACCGUUCCACUCGAUCAUUUAGAUGUAUGCAAACCACGUAAUCGUCAUUGCUUCCUCUAUCGUCAACUGGCCAAAAUGAUCGAAAGUGCGAUACAUACACACACUCGUCCUAUAUUUAGAUAAAUAACAUUCAAAAUUUCCAUAAGGUCAACCAAAUUUUUGGAAUGAGAAUUUGUGUUUGUAUCCAUACGAAAUCCGAUGUUGAAUAGAUUUUGUUUAAGUUUCUCCGUUUUUAAUUAUGAAAUAAGUGAAAAGUGCAAAUCUUUGUAGAAUAAGUGCCCAAAAGAUGAAACAGAAAAUAGCUUAGCAAAAAUAAAUUGUGUUAUUUUGCCUCAGGAAA